AUGUUCCGCGAUCAAAGCUCGAGUGUGGCUAGAAGGGCGAGUGGGCAGUCGCUAGCCGCCGUAGCUACUUCAGGUUCUGGUUUAGGCAAUGCACCAAGACGGCGACCAUCGCAGGAUCAGGAGACCAUGGCGCGAACUUACUUCUUUCAUCACUUCGUGGCCGGCGACCAUUUCGACUUCUUGCUUGGGUACGAUAUAAAUGAUUUUCUCCUGACUCCGAUCACUGCUUGUGGCUUAGCAGCCAUCUCCAAUGUUACGAACGACACUUCGUUGCGCAAUACGGCCCGAAAGUACUACGUCGACGCUAUAACGGCGCUCAACGAGGUACUCAAGGACCCUACACUGGUCAGGGAGGAUCGCACAUUGAUCGCCAUAAUGCUACUUAGUCUCCACGAGCCACUGUGGUUAGACAGCAACCAUGCUCUGCACUCCUGGGACCAACAUAUGAAUGGCGCUGUCCAGGUCUUACAGCUUCGUGGACAAGCUCAACUGCACACUGAGUUUGGACGGAUGCUGUUCCGUGAGCUGAGAAAGAACAUUUUACUAAAUGCAUUAUUUGCCGAGCAAAGAGUGCCGCAAUUUGUCGUUUCUUGGUCGGAGACUAUUGCAGCCAAUGAAUCGGAGUGUCUGCGGGACGACCUCAGCCUACUGACAGCGAGAUUGGCUUCGGUGAAAGCAAGCUUUGCAGAUAGGAGUCUGCGUGAUGAUGUUCUUGAAGCCGAGGCCGCGACAAUAGAAACGGAUCUUCUGGGAUGGUCGGAGAGGAUGCGCCAAGCUGAUGUGCAAGCACGACCACAUCAGAAUCCGUCCACCUCUUCAUCGCACUCCACAAGACAGAUUUCGACGCCUCCAGCAGAGAGUCGUUCGUGGAACUUUUGGCGCUGCUUACGCAUCCUGUUAAGUCGUGUCCAGGAAGCAGUGUACAGAAGAUCAUGGCCUCAUCUGACCCAGGUACCACCUUCUCCACAGCACUACCGUGAGAUACGCGAGAGCAUGACCACCGAUAUCUGUGCAGGUGUUGCACAAAGAGUGGGCGACGACAUGUCAUCUGAAGUGCGUUCGGGCUCUGUAGCAGCUGGCCUCCUCUCAAUAUGGCCACUCCAUAUUGCCGGUACCUGCUUGUUGGAAGAACUGGCCGAGUCUAGCACGACCCCAGGUGGGAGCCGGACUCUUUUGCUCAAUCGGACUUUGCAUCUUGAUCCGAACAGUGCGACUUCGGUGCAGCUGGCCUGGGUCAUUCGUCGACUGGAUCAUAUUGGCGGAAACUAUGGUAUACAAUGGGCGUAUUUGACUCGUAGACUUCUGGCUGGAGAGCGUGGUGUCUACUACAAUCUGGGCAGGUCCCGUGUUAUUACGGAUGAGGAGAGAGACCAGGCUAUAUUCGAGGAAGUGUUGGACUUGAGCGCACUCGUUGAAAGUACUAGCGAAGCUCUAUAA